GAGCUCCGCGCUUUAAGCAGGCCGAGUCCUCAGAGAAACGGAGCGCUUUAAUCAGCCCGAGUCCUCAGAGAAACGGAGCGCUUUAAUCAGCCCGAGUCCUCAGAGAAACGGAGCGCUUUAAUCAGCCCGAGUCCUCAGAGAAACGGAGCGCUUUAAUCAGCCCGAGUCCUCAGAGAAACGGAGCGUGAGUGCAUAUUGCGCAGUUUUUCGGCUUGGACUUUGUUUUUUGUCGGUUAAACUAUCUGCUGUUUAGUUACAAUGCGCCUCAUUCAGAACAUGUCUACUAUAGUGGAGUACCCGAACCCGGACUGCUGCCUGUCCAACCGGGUCAUUAAGAUAGCUGUGUUCGGGGGCAGCGGAGUGGGCAAAACAGCACUGGUUGUCCGCUUUCUCACCAAACGCUUUAUUGGCGACUACGAGAGAAAUGCAGGAACUCUGUACUCCAGAGAAGUCCAGAUCGACGGAGAACAAGUGGCCAUUCAAGUCCAGGACACACCUGGAGUCCAGGUAAAUGCCAAUGGCCUGAGCUGCACUGACCACGUGAGACGCUCCAUCCAGUGGGCCGACGCCGUGGUCAUGGUUUAUUCUGUGACAGAUCGCCACAGCUUCGACCUCAUUAGUCAGCUCCAUCAGCUUGUGAGCCAUGUGUACGCUGAUAGACCGGCACCACCCAUUAUCCUGCUGGCCAAUAAGGCAGACAUGGUGCACGUGAGGCGGGUGGAAGCGCAGCAGGGCCCGGCGUUGGCUGUGGCACUCGGUUGCUCUUUCUAUGAAGUGUCAGCCAGCGAAGACUACAGUCAGGUGCAUGGAGCUUUCCACAGACUCUGCACAGAGCUUGCAAAAAGACAGGUGCCGUUUAGCACCAAUGCAAACACCGCUUCAGCCACUAAUGAGAAGAAGAGGUCACCGCUUAUCCCCAGACCCAAAUCACCCAACAUGCAGGACCUCAAGAGGCGCUUCAAGCAGGCCCUGUCGGCCAAAGUGCGCACCGUCACCUCCGUGUGAAGAAGAGAGCGAGGGAUGCAGCCCAGACGGGAUAAUGGUGUGCAGGGUCGAGUGGCAGGGUGAAGAUCCAAAAGACAAGCUCAUUGAAGUAAAGUUUUGGUUUUGCUCUUGAGCUCAACUGCUAAUCAGCAGGCCAGAUCUAGAACAAAGGGGUUCUGAACUAUGACCCCUGAAAUCGGUGACUUGUGAUCUUUGACCAGCUUGGUGGUGGAGGUUAAGCCACCUGUGCUGCUUUGACUGACUUUUAUGAGCUCGGAUGCAGCAGGAUACUGAGAACUGUGCACCUAAAGUUUAAAAGGAUGAAUGCAAAAAAAAAAAAAAAGCUUGGACUAAAUGAACACUUUAACGUACGCACACAUUGCGUUAUAUCUGUAGACAACUUCACCUGGCAACAGCUUGUGAAGGACAGAGGGCUGGCUAUUUUUAUUGACGCAGAUGUUUUCUUUGUCAAGACUUUCAGCUCUAAGCAGAAAGAAAUUGAAAGCAGGCAUUGCUAAAGAAACGAGGCAUUAAAGCUGAAGGGCACAAGCCGUGUGUUUUUUUGUGGUAAACUCCUUCAGUGCCAAUUUAUUUUUUUAUAUGCACUUUACAUCAUGCCUUAGGGCUAAGGCUUGAACUUAUUUAUUGUUUUGUGAUUGAAAAUAAAAAUGAGUUUGAACAGU